AUGUCUGAUACAGAGGACAUGGAUGAUGGAGUUCAGGAGGAAGGUGCUGUAUCAAAGGGACAUUUUAACAAUGACAAAUAUGAAUUUAAAACAAAAAACUUUAUAGUCUCUAUUUACCAUUUAUGCAUUGUUUGUGGACUUUUCUGUUCCAUUGCUGAAAAAAAAAUCUCUGCCAUUUUAGUGGAUGACUCCAGAGCCAAACCAAAGUUUCUAUCAAAUAUCCAAGCUCCAAAGAUUCCAGAAGGAGAUAAAGUUGAUUUUGAUGACAUCCACCGUAAGCGUCAGGAAAAAGAUUUAUCUGAGCUGCAGUCACUCAUAGAAGCUCAUUUUGUUCAGAGGCAAAAAGAUGAACAGGAACUUAUUGCCCUGGUCAACAGAAUUGAGAAUAGGCGCGCAGAGAGAGCUGAGCAGCAGCGUGUACGUACAGAGAAAGAGAAGGAGCGACAGGCCAGACUCGCUGAAGAGAGAGAAAGGAAGGAACAAGAGGAACAAAGGAAGAAACACGAUGAAGAUGCCAAGAAGAAGAAAGCUCUCACUAACAUGACCCACCAGUAUGGAGGAACACAGCAAAGGGGUGAGGGCCGCAAAGGUGCCAAGAAACAAACAGAAAGAGAGAAAAAGAAGAAGAUACUGGCUGAGCGACGGAAGCCACUUAGCGUUGAUCAUCUGAGUGAAGACAAACUCAAGGAUAAAGCCAAUGAGCUGUGGCAGUGGUUGAUGGGACUGGAAGCAGAGAAGUACGAUCUGAACGAGAAACUAAAACGCCAGAAAUAUGACAUAAAUCUGCUCCUUGCACGGGUUCAAGAUCACCAGAGUGCCAAGGGUCGAGGCAAAGGCAAAAUGGGAGGAAGACUAAGAUAGAUGCUGACAGCCAGCAAAAGAUCAGAGUUUGCACCAAUGUUUUGUUGUCCAUUUGUUUGUUGCGUAGAUAAUAUUUUAAAUUGUUCUGAAUGUACAUGAAUGCUCAUGCUGUACAUUUUUGCACAGCUUUUUCAUGUCAAAUAAACUGUACAUUUGAUGA